GUGUGUGUGUGUGUGUGUGUGUGUGUGUGUGUGUGUGUGUGUGUGUGUGUGUGUGUGUGUGUGUGUGUGUGUGUGUGUGUGUGUGUGUGUGUGUGUGUGUGUGUGUGUGUGUGUGUGUGUGUGUGUGUGUGUGCACUCGUUUCCAUGUUUUGAGGGGACAUAAAAUUGGAAACACAGUCACGUCUUGGGGACCAUUUUUCUUAUGGGGACAAAAAAGCAGGUCCCCAUAAAAAUAAUGUAUAAAAAGCAUCAGAGGGCUGCCCUGAAUGUGCCUGUGAAGUUUUUAGCAAAAACCCACAAGUCACCAUUUUUACUGAUUGUGUGUGUGUACACGGUGCUCAGCAGCCCACCACAUGGUUAUUCGGUGCUAUUGCACUCACUCCUCCACACACACACUUUGCAUAUGCCGCGCCCAUUUGUCCCCUAAUGGAAGGAUUUUUACAAGUGGGAGGGGGUCAUCAUUCAAUUAGUGAUCAUCAGAAGAAGCCUGCAAAGCUCGAAGAUGGCAGCAAAAGAAGCAAAAGUAAAAUGCAAGUUUGAAAUCCCACAAAGAGUCAGCCCCCUUCAGGACGCCAUUCGUCACAUUUCAUUAAGGACCAACAAAACAGGCAAAUUGUGUGCGAGGUACAUAAAUGCAGUCAAAGGAUGUGAAAUAUUUGCAAAGAGUACAAUCGGCAGAGGACAAUUUGUUGCUGAAUAUCGGGGAUAUAUGAUAAAUGAUGCAGAAUACUAGAGCAGAAGAUGAGUUUACCACCAAUCAUGUGCUGCGUUUAUGUUUGCAUUCAAGUGGAGAGGGAAAACAUGGUGCAAUGAUGCUUCACAAGAAGAUGAGUCAUUUGGGCGACCAGUGAAUGAUGAACACAGGAGGCCAAAUUACCAGAUGAAAAGGAUUGAUGUGGAUGGUGUGCCACACCUAUGUUUGUUUGCUUUCAAUGACAUUCAAGAGGGAGAAGAAAUGACCGAUGAUUAUGGUGGCGAAGACUGCCCAUGGAGAACACAAAUGACCAGCCUUUACAGUCACAGAUGUGGCUCCUCAACCCUCUGUACUGCCUCAGAGUCAGAUGCAACAUACACCAGAUGACCAAGACAAUACCCAAUGAGACUACUUUAAGAGAAAACUGUUGCGAUACUGCUGGUCCAGGCAACAUACACCAGAUGACCAAGACAAUACCCAAUGAGACUACUUUAAGAGAAAACUGUUGCGAUACUGCUGGUCCAAGCAACAUACACCAGAUGACCAAGACAAUACCCAAUGAGACUACUUUAAGAGAAAACUGUUGCGAUACUGCUGGUCCAAGCAACAUACACCAGAUGACCAAGACAAUACCCAAUGAGACUACUUUAAGAGAAAACUGUUGCGAUACUUCUGGUCCAAGCAACAUACACCAGAUGACCAAGACAAUACCCAAUGAGACUACUUUACAAGAAAACUGUUGCGAUACUGCUGGUCCAGGCAACAUUCACCAGAUGAACAAGACAAUACCCAAUGAGACUACUUUAAGAGAAAACUGUUGCGAUACUGCUGGUCCAAGCAACAUACACCAGAUGACCAAGACAAUACCCAAUGAGACUACUUUACAAGAAAACUGUUGCGAUACUGCUGGUCCAGGCAACAUACACCAGAUGAACAAGACAAUACCCAAUGAGACUACUUUAAGAGAAAACUGUUGCGAUACUGCUGGUCCAAGCAACAUACACCAGGAAUGUUCCGACAAUGUGUUUUAUUUUACCAACACCUAUGAGGGGUUGGCUUCUCUUUACUCUGGAGUUGGCAAGAGUUGCAGAGCAGUACUUCAAGGAAGAGGAAGAGAACUCUCUGGGAGAAAAGUGAAAUAAAGGCACACGAUGAGACUCGUCAAAUCUUUUCGCGUCCCAGGAAAAAUGGAGUGUGAAAGAUAUUUAAGGGCUGAACCAGAAGCCCUUAAAAAUGGCAAACCCUCAAUUUUUGAUGUCUAUAACUACAUGCCGACUGCCAAAAGUAAAUUGCUGUGCAAACAAGUUUUUCAUCAAAAACUCACUGAUUAGGCUCUUUUAUUUCCAUUAUGGAUAUUUAAAUUUGAAUGUAUAUUGAGACAAUGUCAACAGUUUGUUUGAUGUUUUUGUUUUAGAUAGACAUUUUACUUUUUUUUUUUUUUUUUUACCACACAUUCAGUUCCGUUAAAUAAAAACUCAUCACAUUG